AUUUCAUAUCAUGUUUUUAUUCAUUUAUUUAUAUAUAUGAAGACAGUGUUGUGUGUUAUCAACAACCCCCCUUCACUGCCCCUACCCACUCCACACAUUCAAGCUGAGGAGCAUUUCCAGAAAGGGCUUUGAUUUUGUGAAGGAAUUUGGUGGGUUGGAGUUGAUUUUCUCUUCUCUGUACAUUAAUGGAACGUGCACGGCGGAUUGCGAACCGGGCGAUUCUGCGUCGCCUGGUUUCGGAGUCUAAGCAGCAGGGGCCGUGCCCGAGGCCCCAGAAUGAGGGCUUGGUGAAUUCUUCUUUUUCGGGUUGGAGGUAUGUUUCCUCAUUGCCUACUUGUGCUUUUCCCAAUAAAACUGUGAGAUCAGACGUGUUAUUAGGGAGAAAUGUGAUGUCCAGUGUUGGUUUUGGUAUGGGGUGUCAAACCCGGUCUAUAUCGGUUGAGGCAUUGAAGCCUAGUGAUACUUUCCCCCGCCGGCAUAAUUCGGCAACCCCAGAGGAACAGACCAAAAUGGCUGAGUCUUGUGGGUAUGAGAGUCUGGACUCUCUUGUUGAUGCCACAGUGCCUAAGUCGAUUCGACUCGAAUCGAUGAAGUUUAGUAAGUUUGAUGAGGGGCUUACAGAGAGUCAAAUGAUUGAACAUAUGAUGCAGUUGGCAGCUAAGAAUAAGGUUUUUAAGUCGUAUAUUGGGAUGGGAUAUUAUAACACUUUUGUUCCCCCAGUGAUUCUAAGAAACAUCAUGGAAAAUCCGGGUUGGUAUACCCAGUACACACCCUACCAGGCUGAGAUUGCCCAAGGACGUUUGGAGUCAUUGCUGAAUUACCAGACCUUGAUUUCUGAUUUAACUGGCCUACCCAUGUCCAACGCAUCGUUACUUGAUGAAGGAACUGCUGCAGCUGAGGCAAUGGCUAUGUGUAAUAACAUUAUGAAGGGAAAGAAGAAAACUUUUAUUAUUGCUAGCAAUUGCCACCCACAGACAAUUGAUAUUUGUAAGACUAGAGCUGAAGGUUUUGAUCUUAAAGUAGUUACUGCUGAUCUUAAGGAUAUUGAUUACAAAUCGGGUGAUGUUUGUGGUGUCCUGGUUCAGUAUCCAGACACUGAGGGUGAAGUUCUGGAUUAUGGGGAGUUCAUAAAGAAUGCUCAUGCUAAUGGGGUUAAGGUUGUUAUGGCAAGUGAUCUGUUGGCAUUGACAAUGUUGAAGCCUCCAGGUGAGUUUGGGGCAGAUAUUGUUGUUGGCUCAGCUCAGCGGUUUGGAGUACCGAUGGGGUAUGGUGGUCCUCAUGCUGCUUUCUUGGCCACCUCCCAAGAGUACAAGAGGAUGAUGCCAGGAAGAAUUAUUGGAGUCAGUGUUGAUGCUUCAGGAAAGCCUGCUCUGCGUAUGGCAAUGCAGACAAGAGAACAACAUAUCCGGAGGGACAAGGCUACGAGCAACAUAUGCACUGCUCAGGCAUUACUUGCAAAUAUGGCUGCUAUGUUUGCUGUUUAUCAUGGGCCUGAAGGCCUUAAAACCAUUGCUCAACGUGUCCAUGGUCUUGCUGGGGUAUUUGCACUUGGACUGAAGAAACUUGGGACAGUGGAAGUCCAGGGCCUUCCCUUCUUUGACACCGUGAAGGUUAAGUGUGCUGAUGCACAUGCGAUUGCUGAUGCUGCUUGCAAGAGUGAGAUAAAUUUGCGAAUUGUGGACUCAAAAACAAUCACUGUUUCCUUUGAUGAAACAACAACAAUAGAGGAUGUGGACAAGCUUUUCAAAGUUUUUGCAUGUGGCAAGCCUGUCAAUUUCACUGCUGCAUCCCUUGCACCAGAAGUUCAGACUGUGAUCCCUUCUGGGCUUAUAAGAGAAAGCCCAUUUCUCACUCACCCAAUCUUCAACUCGUACCAUACAGAGCAUGAGUUGCUAAGAUACAUGCAAAGGCUACAAUCAAAGGAUCUUUCAUUAUGCCAUAGUAUGAUUCCUUUGGGAUCUUGUACAAUGAAAUUGAAUGCAACAACUGAGAUGAUGCCAGUGACAUGGCCUGGCUUUACAGAUAUUCACCCUUUUGCCCCCACUGAACAGGCACAGGGUUAUCAGGAAAUGUUCAAUAACUUGGGUGAACUAUUAUGUACCAUCACUGGAUUUGACUCUUUCUCGUUGCAACCCAAUGCUGGUGCUUCUGGUGAGUAUGCUGGCCUGAUGGUUAUCCGUGCAUAUCAUAAGUCAAGAGGAGACCACCACCGCGAUGUGUGCAUCAUACCUGUUUCGGCACAUGGGACUAAUCCUGCAAGUGCUGCUAUGUGUGGAAUGAAAAUUGUUGCUGUUGGAACUGAUGCCAAGGGAAACAUCAACAUUGAAGAGUUAAGGAAGGCUGCUGAAGCAAAUAAGGAAAACCUAUCUGCUCUUAUGGUUACAUAUCCUUCAACCCAUGGAGUCUAUGAAGAAGGGAUAGAUGAAAUAUGUAAGAUAAUUCAUGACAAUGGAGGUCAAGUUUACAUGGAUGGUGCUAACAUGAAUGCACAGGUGGGUCUCACAAGCCCAGGUUGGAUUGGAGCUGAUGUUUGCCAUCUCAAUCUCCACAAAACAUUUUGCAUUCCCCAUGGUGGAGGUGGUCCUGGCAUGGGUCCUAUUGGUGUGAAAAAACACCUGGCACCAUUUCUGCCUUCCCAUCCUGUGGUAUCUACGGGUGGUAUACCAGCUCCUGACAAAUUACAGCCACUUGGUACCAUAGCUGCUGCACCUUGGGGCUCUGCACUUAUUUUGCCAAUAUCAUAUACUUACAUAGCAAUGAUGGGAUCUAAGGGACUCACUGAUGCAUCAAAGAUAGCUAUUCUCAAUGCAAACUACAUGGCAAAACGUUUGGAGAAGCACUAUCCCAUUCUUUUCCGUGGCGUCAAUGGAACAGUUGCCCAUGAAUUCAUUGUUGACUUGAGAGGCUUCAAGAAUACUGCUGGGAUAGAGCCUGAAGAUGUUGCUAAGCGUCUUAUGGACUAUGGAUUUCAUGGACCGACAAUGUCAUGGCCAGUGCCUGGUACACUCAUGAUUGAACCCACUGAAAGUGAAAGCAAGGCGGAGUUAGACAGGUUUUGUGAUGCUCUUAUCUCCAUUAGAAAAGAAAUUGCACAGAUUGAGAAUGGAAAAGCUGACGUUCACAACAAUGUCCUAAAGGGUGCUCCUCAUCCCCCAUCCCUGCUUAUGGGAGAUACCUGGACAAAACCAUACUCUCGGGAAUAUGCAGCCUUCCCAGCUCCCUGGCUUCGGGUUGCCAAGUUCUGGCCAACUACAGGACGUGUUGACAAUGUGUACGGUGACCGCAACCUCAUCUGCACUCUUCUUCCAGCAUCACAGAUUGAAGAACAAGCUGCAGCUACUGCCUAGGCUUCAGCUUGGUGCUCCAUUCUGCAAGGUUUCUUGACAAACACGAAACCAUUUUCUUCUUUCUUGUAUAUAAAACCAUCCAUCAUGAUACAUUUCUCUCCAGCUGCUGAUGUUCAUCUUCUUGAUAUGAUGAUCCCUAAUAACAAUUGUUGCUAAUUGCAACUUGUAAUUAUUCUUGUGUUUCUGUGAUAUUAGCUGUUAUGAACCAUAUGUUUCGCCCAAGUGAAGCAAUAGACAAAUUACUUGUCGAAUCAAAAUAAAAGAAAUGAACACAUCAUGACUUUAGGAAC